ACUAAUGGCAACGUUAGUAAUCGGUGGAACUGAUGAUGGUUAUGGAUCUGGAAAACCAGGACCACCAGGGCCUAGAGGCCCAAGAGGAGCUAAGGGAGAUAAAGGUGACACAGGAGCUGCGGUGGCUCAAGGAGAUACGGGUCCUAGAGGACCAAAGGGAGAAAAAGGUGAUACAGGAGCUACAUGGGCUCAAGGAGAUAAGGGUCUUCGAGGACUAAAAGGAGGGAAAGGUGAUGAGGGUCCUAGAGGAGAUGACAGAACUGAUGGGACCGAUGGAAGUGAUGGUGCGCCUGGGGCCACAGGAGCUCAAGGGCCUUAAGGACCUCAAGGACCUCAGGGACCUCAAGGACCUCAAGGGCAACAAGGCAUUA